GCGUAUGGAUAAUUCGGUUAACAGAACGAGGAGUAACAAUUUUCGUUGAUAGUAUGUCUAGAAAUAAAAACAGGAGAAAAUCAAUGACAAUCAUGUAUGACAUCAAGGCCAACUGCAUUCAAUUAACAACAUUCAUAAGUUAAAGGAUCACCAUACAAAAUUCACCCUUGAGAAUUAAAAAAAAAAAACUAACUAAUAUUGAAUUUUUUUUAUAACAACUAAUAUCGAGAUGGAAAAGCUAAGACAUCAUGAGUUGUCAAUAAUGAUAUAUGGUUUUUUCAUUAAUUAUUAAGAGUUUAGAAUUUUCCUUGACCAACAUAUAUAAACAAUAGACUAUGUCUAUCAAUAUGGAAAAGCUAAGUUGAUCAUGAAUGAAACUUAUUAUGUUUCCGUUCAAAAAAAAAUAUUAUUAUGUUCAAAACUUUAUCCUUUCCUCACACAUUAGAAAGAAAAAUUUCCAUAGACUAUAAGUUAGAGAUUACUAAAGUAUCUUUUAAAGAGCACCUGAAUGAAUCAGUUCUUACACAUGAAUCUUAAUCCCUAGUGAAGCUAAGCAAGUGAGUUAGGUACAUGGGCAUAUAUGCCAUUUAAUUAGCUAGCUCUACUUGUAUGCAUGGUGAAGGUAUGUGAUAAAGUUAAAUUGAUCAUGGGGAGACAGAUAUGGAUCUCAAACUAAUGGAUAUUCCAAAAAUGGAAUAUCUAAAUGUACAUAUUAUGCACAUUGGCAUAGAAUUAAAAUCAUUUCAUAAUGGUGAAAAAAAUAUAAAAAGGGCAUAGAAAUUUUGCUUUUUUGGUUGUGUACAUAGGCAAGUGAAAGAUAAAAGAAUGGAAGGAAUAAUUCUACAAUGAGGAGGGAGAUAAGAAACCACCAGACAGAAUAAGUGUACUCAAACUCACUUCGCAUGAAAAAAGCACUCACUAAAAGGUGAUCAUUCUUAGCUUAUGGUUCUUUCUUCUAAUGUCUCGCUGUAUUUUUUUAUGUGUAAUAAGUUGAUACGAAAGAUGAAACGUUCAUCCGUUCACGCCAAUUGUAUUUAAUUUAGAGACCUCGGAAUUGAACUCAAUCUUUUCAUCUAUUCACGCCAAAAGUAUUUAAUCCGGAAGCCCCUGAACUUAACUCAUUUCACAACAGUAUUUUACUUCAUACAUAACUACCCAACUGCAAUUAUUGUCCAAUUGCCGUCUUAAGGAAAGAAAUCUGAAAACUUUUCCAGAAAAGAGGAAAGAAAUCUGCAAAAGCCUGAUAUUGGUUCUCAACAUUUUUGGCCGUUCCCAUGUCACCACCCACUAUAAGUUGCAGAAUUAUCACCAGCUCUCCCCCCAUCAAUUACCUGAUUACCCAAAAGCCACAAUUUCCUCCUUUUGCAACAAACCAGCUGCUUCACGAAACCCAUGCACACAUUUCUAAUCUUUUUACCAUUUAUGAACCAAGAUUAAUCCCUCCACUCACUAAUCCAUUCAUCAAGAAAAGAUUAUAUAUUUGGCAGUUAUAGAGAGCAAUAGACCCAAAGUAUCCAUCUUUUGAGCCAUUAUGUCUUCUGCAAAGAAUUCUGAAGAGAACCCAGUUCCCACAACCUCUCCAACUUCUUCCCCAAUUCCAAUUCCCAGUUCAGAAUGGCCAGCAGACUUUGUGGGCAGUGUUAUCUGGGAGCUCAAGACACAAAGGCCAAUAAUCCUCCCUUUGCUAGCCAUGAACCUAACUUGGUUUGCCAAAAACGCCAUCACAACAGCAUUCCUCGGCAGGCUUGGAGAGCUUCAGCUAGCAGGCGGGGCACUCGGCCUAACAUUUGGCAACGUCACAGGGUUCUCAGUCCUAAAUGGUCUCUGUGGUGCCAUGGAGCCAAUCUGUGGUCAGGCUAAUGGAGCCAGGAAUUUCAAGCUCCUUCAGAAGACACUAAUCAUGGCAAUCCUCUUGUUGUUGGUUACCACAAUCCCCAUAACUUUCUUGUGGCUUAACGUCGACAAGAUCCUCAUCCAUUUUGGGCAGCAGGAAGACAUCUCUCUCGUUGCCAAACAUUAUCUGUUCUAUCUUCUCCCUGACUUGUUGAUCAUGUCUUUCCUCUGCCCUCUCAAAACCUACUUGAGCUCACAAUGCGUCACGAUCCCCAUCAUGCUCACCUCGGGCUUAGCCCUCGCGUUCCACAUUCCAAUCAACAUCCUGCUCUCCAGGACCAUGGGAAUGAAAGGAGUCUCCAUGGCAACUUGGAUUACUGAUCUUCUGGUUGUGACCUUGCUCGCGUUAUACGUGUGGGUGAGCGAGAAUCGAAAGGGAGGGAAGUGGAAGGAAGGGGGUUGGCUUCAUCAGGAUCUUGGUGACUGGCUUAGAUUGCUGAAGCUAAGCGGACCGUGCUGCCUCAGCGCAUGCCUGGAAUGGUGGUGCUGGGAGAUUCUAGUCCUGCUUACUGGCCACCUAGCAAAUGCAAAACAGGCAGUAGGUGUGUUAGCAAUCGUCAUGAACUUCGAUUACCUGCUCUUCUCUGUGAUGCUAUCUGUAGCAACUUCUGCAUCAUGUCGAGUCUCGAAUGAGCUUGGAGCAGAGAGGCCCUCUGCUGCUUCAAGAUCAGCAUUUGUCUCAAUGGGUUUAGGCGUGGCUUUCGGGCUAGUGGGGAGCUUGGUAAUGGUAGCAGCUCGAGGGAAGUGGGGUGCUUUGUUUAGUAGUGAUGAAGAGAUCGUAAGAGGUGUGAAGAAGACCAUGUUGGUUAUGGCUGUUUUGGAGAUUGUCAAUUUCCCUUUGGCUGCUUGUGGAGGCAUUGUGAGAGGAACAGCUAGGCCUUGGUUGGCGAUGUAUGCAAAUGUUGGUGGGUUCUAUCUUGUGGCUCUGCCUCUUGGGGUGUUUUUGGCUUUCAAAGCAGGAUUUGGGCUAAGUGGGCUGUUGCUAGGGUUCUUGGCUGGGUUGACUGCCUGCUUGAUGUUGUUGCUGAUCUUCAUUGGUAGGCUUGAUUGGGGAACUGAAGUUGUGAAGGCACAACAGCUCGCCUGCAAGUCGAGGGAGACAGGGGAAGAAGGCGAAAGCCGUGAGAUGAGACAGCAGACAGUUCAAGCAUGAGAGAAAGGCAAUCUAGUUUAGACUCUUCCAAAUACUAGUAGUCCUGUCAGGAAAGUGAGAUCCAUCAUUUAUUGGGAUGUUACAACAUUCAUGAGAUAAAGAACAAUGAAAUUGUGCUUCAACUUGUUUCUUCCUAGUGAGCAAGAAUUGCAUGCUGUUUAUGAAUUCUAUCAUGAGCAAUAAGUUAUGAUACAUGAGCUGUUGCAUUCCUGAUUAUGAAGAGCAACAACAAUAAUCAGGAUGAUAAAUUUUGCUGUCAUCCCUCUAAUAACCCAGGUCCAGCACUUUUAGAAUCCAGCUCUUUCGCUUUCUCGUCAUCAAAACCCAGUGUAGCCAAGAUCUUGUGGCCCGGGGAAUCAGUUUCUGACCAAAUGCCGAGAAGCACAUCACUCGUUGUUAUUUCCCCACUGAUGCCUGUACAUUCAGAGCCCAUUACACAGAUUAGCAUUCUACUUCUGCUCAUUUACAAAAUUCCACUGGCUGAAUUACGUAAUAUAUCCUCAUGGCAGACCGAACUCAUAAAAGGGAACAGCUGAGACAUUUUCCCAG